GUGUCAAAGCUUGGCAGUUGCACUUUGCCAGAGCCCUUUCUGAUGCAGCCACAUAUGCCGCUUACCAGCGGGAUCCGCUUGAGGAAGUUAACCGAAAGAACGUGCAGCUCCGUCUCCUUUUAAAAGUUACUCCCUGGCCCAGGCUACAGGAUUUCAAGCUACAGGAGGCGGUCUAUACGCUGCCACAUUCAGGCAGAAAGCAAUUGGUAGAGAUGUCUGUGGUGGAGGCAAGCAAGCUUCAGUAUUUGGCUGGCUUCUUUGAUGGUGAUGGGCAUGUCGGUUGCGAGGCUAACUUGUCUAGCCCUUACUUGCAUGUCUCGCAAUCCUUCGACAAGCCUGCAAUCCUCAUGUUGUUUUGCGAAGUCUUUGGCGGCAGCAUCUUUGUGGAGUCGCAUGGGCUGGGCUUGCAGAAGCCUGUGCUGGCAUGGAGAGUAAGUGGCAGUAUGGCACGACGCGGAGCUCACCUGUUGGCAAAUUAUAGCAGCGGCAAGAGAAAGCAGCUCCAGCUGGCGGCUGCUUGGCCACAGGGCAAGUCCUGCAGAGAGGGCGCUAAGGCACAGCUGCAGAAGCUAAAGAAGUACGACUCAGCUGUACCUCGUGCAUGCACUUGGGAGUACUGCGCUGGGCUUUUCGAUGCUGAUGGCCACAUACAGCAAAAGGCUGGGACAACAGCGCUUGGACUACAUGUUUUUCAGAAAUUUGACACAAUGCUAGACAGCGUCCGCGCGUUCUGGGCAAGCGCCUUGAAUGUGGUACCACGCAUUUGCAAAGAAGGCACCAGGCCCUGUUUUCGGCUGAGUAUGUACGGCACAGGCAGUUGCAAGCGUGGACUGCAAGAAAUGCUGCAGGCAGGGUUGCUUUGCAAAGCUGAACAGGCAGAGCUGGCUAUUGGCUUAAGGAGCGAAAACGCAGCUGAAGUCCGUGCACGGCUCGGGCAGAUGACAGGAAAUCAGCAAUUUGGGAAGAGGCUUGAUGAGGCUGGCCUACUGAGAGCGCAUAGAAUUGUUGCUUUGCGAAGGCAAGCUUUGUACUGGAAAGACAAGGGGAAGCUGCAUCACGUGGAAGCCAGGCUGGAGGAGAUCGAGAGGUUGAAGGGUCAGCACAAGUUGCUGAAUGCACGACACGAGAACGAGCAGUUGCUUCAAUACCACCAGAUGCUCGUGGCGUUGUUCUGCUCCGAGUACAAUCAGGGUUGCAACGGCGGAUAUGCCUUCCUUGCUUCCAGAUGGGCGCAGGACGUGGGCUUAGUACCGAAGAACUGCAGUCACUACGACCCAGAGAAGCUGAUCGGUAGCUGCGAGCUGAAGUGUGACGUGGCCACGCUGCAGAAGACCUGGCGCGCGACCAACCACCACUAUGUGGGCGGCUACUAUGGCGCUGCUUCGGAGGAGGCGAUGAAGCAGGAAUUGGUGGAGCGAGGGCCCUUAGUCGUGUCCUUUGAGCCUCAGAGUGACAUUAUGUACUACACCCGCGGGAUCUACACCAGUGCUCCCCAUCAGCGCAGCGAGUGGGAGCCCGUGGACCAUGCCGUGCUCUUGGUUGGCUACGGCUCGGACCAGGGCAGGAAGUAUUGGAUAUUGCAGAAUUCGUGGGGCAAAGACUGGGGUGAGGAUGGCUACAUUCGAAUGCUCCGCGGGCAGGAUGAGAGUGGCGUUGAGUCAAUCGUUGUCGGCGCGGAUGUCGUUGAGGAG